UCCUCCCGCGGGCCCUCGGGGCGGGGUCCCGAGAGCAGAGGGGAAGAGGAAGUUGGGGGAGGGUCCUAGCUGGGAGUGAACCGGAAGUGUAAACCCUCCUACUUCUUCUCGACCAGGCGGAACCUGUUCGGCUGGGCCCGGUGGCCGCAAGAGAACUUUCUCCCGCCCCAACGGUCUCAGUGGCCAACUGCCCCGCCCGCCUGGCAGCCUCCCCCGCCUUCUCCUCUCCGGCUCCGUGCGGCGGCCCUGUCUCCUCCUUGCCCGGCGAUAUCCGCUUGCUGCUGCCACCGCCACCUCGUCUUCUGCCCGGCCAGCCGGCCUGCCCCGCUGCAGUGAUGUGCGACAAGGAGUUCAUGUGGGCCCUGAAAAACGGAGACUUGGAUGAGGUGAAAGACUAUGUGGCCAAGGGAGAAGAUGUCAACCGGACACUAGAAGGUGGCAGAAAACCUCUUCAUUACGCAGCAGAUUGCGGGCAGCUGGAAAUCCUGGAGUUUCUGCUGCUGAAAGGAGCAGAUAUUAACGCUCCGGAUAAACAUCAUAUCACCCCUCUUCUGUCUGCCGUCUAUGAAGGUCAUGUUUCCUGUGUGAAAUUGCUUCUCUCGAAGGGCGCUGAUAAGACUGUGAAAGGUCCUGAUGGACUAACUGCCUUUGAAGCCACUGACGACCAGGCAAUCAAAGCACUUCUUCAGUGAUGGACGGUGGGCUGACAGCUCUGGAAGAAUGACUCUCCUGUGGCCUCACACUGCUGCCUGUCUGUCUGUCACUCUCUAUCUGCCAGCUUCUUCAGCUAAAUACUUUGCGAGGGGUGAGGGGAGAGAGAAAUUCAUUACAAAUCAGACUACCAGAAAAAAAAAACAAUGUUUGGGAGAAGAGGAAAAAACCAUGAUCAGGCUUUACUAGGAUCCCUGAUCAAGUCAGCCUCUUUUCCAUUUCCAAUAAAAUACACGGCUUCUACCCAAGGAAAAGCAAAGACAAAAUAUACCAGUAACAUUUGACCCUUUCAGCUCCCUAGCUAAUUUAUUAACUAGAUCGUGUCCAGGGUCUGAUUAUACAAAGGCCAACUACCCAUAUUUGGUAGCCCUCACUGUACAAGCAGUGGCGGCUGCUGCGAUGUAAACUAGGGUGCUGAGAUAAGCAAUUAGCUAUAGCCUUCUGCCUUAAGGUGCACUCGGUUGGGGGUCUCCUGGCGCAGUUCAGAGCGCUGCCCGUGGUUGGUGACCAAAUCUUCCCUCGGUGGCUUUCAGCUUCACGUGAAAGCUGAGUUAAGGUGAGGAGGGGCGCACUCCCAAAUUGUUGAAUGACUGAACUUUGGAUUUCUUCUCCCCUUUCACAUGGAUUUCUUGCAUCUUUAGGUAAACCGACUAGUUUUAUUUGUCAAAUCUUAAAUUUUGGAAGUCUAAAGGAGAAAUCAUUCCAGUACGCAUAUUUUUUUUUCUCCUCUAGAUUUACACAUUUACAUAACAUUGAAACACUUUCGAACUCCUGCUGGUAUUAAAGGGGGAUUUAAAAAUAGAAUCAUAGCCAUAAGCCUGAUAGUAUCACAUAAAGAAAGAACAGUUGUCUUAGUACCUACAGAUUUUCUUCACUUGCUAUUUGAAUGGAUUGGCCUCAGUUUUGUUUGGAAAAUCAAGGGACACUGUGGAAUGCCUCUCUCAGACCCAUCUCGGAUGCUGAUUACUUCCUGCACCAAAGCUAUCACUGGGGUGAGAUUUGCUACUUGGACACAUGUACCCCAUCCCUUCAAAAAAUGCUUGCUAGUUACCAGGUUUCCCUGAGUUGAUAACUUCUGCUGAACAUCCGCCAGCCCGCUUGCAUAGUAUGUUUCUUUUCUAAGUCAUGCAUUAAGUAUGACACCUUCAAAAUGUACUCUGUGUCUUUAAAAUACAGUGCCCUAAAAUGGUGUUAAGACCUGCCGAAAAUAUUUAGACACAUUUUCAAAUGUGUAUUUAAUGAGCAGUACAACUAAUUAAAACAUAUGCCCUUAAAUUUUGCUAUCUUGCAUUUAAAAUGUUAAGAUUCCUUUGACUUGCCAUCCAUAUAUGCAUACUUAAAAUAUUAGGAUUUUUUCCUUAGUUACAUCAUGCAAUAAUUGAAUGUACCUCAAAUUUUUAAAAAGGGGGGAGGGUGGGUUAGGGACUUGUAUUCAGAUUAUGGAUAAUACAGAAUUGAUGAUUUUUUUAAGGCAAUGUAGCAUUCAACAGCAGAGUUAAACUAGUAUCAAGAACAGUCAGCCUGGCUAAUAACAGAUCUUAUUGAUCAGUUGCUGAUUGGUUGGUUGGUAGGUUGUUGUGAGUGUGUGUGAGAGUGUGAGAGAGUGUGUGUGUGUAUGUGGGGGUGUGUGUGUGUAUUUUUCCCCACGAACCCUUUUUUUAUCCUGUGGCUUUUUCACUUACAACUAGCCCAACCCUGUAAUUUUUCUUCAUCCAAGAAAACAAUCACGAAAUGAUGGUUUAAAUACUUUGAUAUGUUUGGCUAAUUCUGCUGCCUUAAUGCAGCCUGUUAGAGUCGGAUUAAAAGUUAGUAAUCAGUACCUUAUUCCAUCACUGAACUGAAACCUGGAGCCAUCCUCAUUAAAGACGGAGGGCACUCUGUCAGUCUUUAACCGUCAACAUAGUGACAAGGUGUUCGAUAUCUUUGUUUCCACCUCUUGGCAUAUGCUAUCUGAAAGGCUUGGGUUUUACCCUCUACAGUUUUUACCUUUACGUUCUCAGUGUUCUGUUGCAGUUGGCUGUUGCAGAGAGUGCACUGUCCUAUCAUUCCUAAACCUGGUCUGCUUUCUACAGUCACCUGGUACAGAAACCACGUGACUUUUUUGUACAGUUUAUCCUGAUGUUCCUCGUAACGCAGUAGAGGCUACUUCGCCUUCCCUCUUCUUUCUCAGCCAUUUUGUAAGCCCCAUAAUUAUGAAGAGGUUGCUUGAGAAAAUAACAUAUAAACAUAGAAUAGACUGACCAAGAUGGUUUACAAUUUCUUCUCUUUUUUUUAAACUAGGUUAUUUAUAAUGUAUUUCUGAACCACUUGGCAGAAAAAUUCACAACACUUAAAUGUUCAUAUUUGAGUAAAGGAAGCUAAAAAACCAUGUCUGCUUUUUGGUACUACAUGCAUUAGUGAAAGGUUAAGUAAGUUUUGUUCUCCACUGAAGUUAUAUUUAACAUCUCAGCAAAAACCUUGCAUGUUCUGUAGUUUUGUAUUAAGUCAGUCAUUUCGUAUGCACUAUAUCAAGUCAAAACAGGUGGUUUGCCUGUUGACCUUCGUAUACUAACAAAUUCCCCCUUGCAGCUUCAGACUGGUAUCUGUAGACUUAGAGUUCAAAUCCAGCACCUGACUAGAUCCAAGUAGUUUUUCUGUGCACAGCUCACCUCAAGCCAGUGGGGCCUGAAGGCGAGGUGGGCAUGUGCAGUGUGUGGAAGCUGCAAGCAAGUAGGUCCUUUCUUCAUUUCUUUCUCUCAAAUAAUGGAUUUUAAAUUUCUAUGGAUCUUUUAGAUUUUUUUUUUUCCUAAAACUUCAACUGAGCUGCUGUUUUCUUCCAUGCAAUAUUGUAUACUCGAUUGUGUAUAGAAGAAGCUGGUGAGAGUGCCCUCCUACAUAAGCAAUUGCAGUGUUUGCAUGCAAAAUUUAAAAAAUUUAAAUUGUCCUGAUUCUAUUUUGUAAAUGGAGAAACAAUCAUAUCUUUCUAAGCAGUAAUGGAGGAAGACUAGUGCUUUGUGCAUUUUGAUAUAUUUGAGUUCAUUUUUUCCAAAACGUAAUACUUUUGACACAAUUGGGUUUCUCAUAUUAUCCUAGUUCAUGUACAUCAGAAUGCUAAAUAAUACUGUGUUCAAGUUCUGUGUUGCAAGAACAAAUGGAAUAAACUUGAAUUGUGCUACA